AUGUACGAACAAGAAAGUUUGUACGCGCAACAUGCUUACGGAAAGCUUUCUAAAGUCCGUUUUUCUACUUCUCCAGGGACAUUUAGCGACAAGAAUAUAUUAUUCGCCACAGGAACUUGGGAUGAACUAAAGAGUAACACGUUAACGAUAUGGAGUCUAGAGGAAGCAUCAAUUAGUUUAGAUAAUUCUUUCCCUUCUUUCAAUAAUAAAAUUGUCGCAAAGACUAGUCAUAAAGGAGACGUGACUGAUAUGCAGUUUAGUGGCAGUAUUUUAUUUACAUCUUCCUCAGAGGGAGAUUUUAACGCGUUCAAAUGCAUACAGUCUGAACGUGAAGUAGAAGCUGAUCUGGAUUAUGCUAUAGAACCUCAAAUAUAUUAUAAUUACACGUUGCAGACGAUCAUAACACACCGAUUACAUAGAUUUUCGGAAAGCGAAAAUGCGUCUGCCACCGGUAUUGCAAUUAGACCCAACAGCGAAAGUGAUCCCGAAAUUGUCAGUGUUGGAGAAGAUGAUGGAACAAUAGGAGUCACGAAUUUGAACUCGUCACCUAUGGAAGGUUUUAGAGAUCAAGGAAUGGCAAGGGAGAAUGUCGUGAGUCAUAAAUAUAGCUAUGAGUAUAGCGACCUUGCUAUCAACUCAAUUGAUUAUCAUCCUCUUGCCAAAAUGUUAAUUGGCGGAGGAGACGGACAAAAUUUAUUUUCGAUGAGGCUCGAUCGCUAA